AAAGCAAAAAGUAACAAAACCAGAAAGUAUGAAGCAUGUGAAAGAAAAAUCUACAGAGAAAGGAAAACCAAAAGUAACAAAAGCGGAAACCAUGAAGCAAAAAAAACCAAAGCCUGCAAAAAAAGAGACAGAUUCCGCGAAGAAAAUUAAACCGAAACCCACAGAGAAAGCAAUAAAGCCAAAAGUAAAAGAGGCAGAGACCAAGAUGAAAGUGAAACCAAAAUCUGCAAAGAAAGAGGCAGAUACUGUGAAGCAAGUGAAACCUCAAACUGCAAAGAAAGAGGCAGUCACCAAGAAGCAAGUAAAACCAACACCUACAAAGGAAGCAUUAAAGCCAAAAGUAACAGAUGUUGUGAAACAAGUGAAACCAAAAGUUGCCAAGAAAGAAGAAGAAACUAUGAAGCAGAUGAAACCAAAACCUGCAACGAAAGAAACUAUGAAGCAUGUGAAACCAAAACGUAAAGAGAAAGCUAAACCACAACUCCCCAAAUUAUCAGCUGGUUCAACAAAGCAAACAGCAGCAAAGAAACCUUCUCCGGUAAAUGUAGAACCUUCCAAACUUGCUGUCAAAACAGAGACACCUACUGUCCUCAAAGCAGGGCAAAGUUCAGUUGCAAGGAUGAAGUCUCCAGCAAAUCUGCGAUUCUUCCAGUGCGUGUCCCUUGAUUCUCCCAAUGGAUAUGGGCCUAUGUCAAACAUUUUCUCAUCUCUCCAAAGUCCUGCAAUAAACAAACAAAGCCUCAAGCAGAGUGGAGAUUCUGAAAGGAAAGUCAGAUCUCCUGGACAUUAGAUAAACAGAUAACGAGACUACAUGGGAAACUAUUCUGCACAUUUUAUACUGAAACUUUCAGUUCUCCUGCUCUGCUCUGUUUGCAGAGCUGUAUUCACAGAGAUCACUGAGAAGAACAAAAUACUUCAAUGUUGACUACAGAUAUGUAAAGCAGGAAAGAUAAUCAGUUUGAAUGGACUGUAAUAUUACUUCAGGUUGGAAGACUUAAAUAUUUAACACCUGUCAAUCCUGCAGUGCUACAGCAUUAAAUUGCUCCUAACAGCUAUAUGAAAUACUGACAAGUGCCUGCAUCUCUUAACUCCUCUUCAUGGCUUCUUGCAAGCUCCAAGGUGUUAUAGAAACAUAGAAUCACUACAGUGUGGAAGCAGGCCAAUUCGUCCAUCAAGUCCUCACCAACCCUCUGAAGAGCAUCCCAACCAGACUCAUCCCCCUGGCCUAUACCUGUAAUCCAACAUAUCCAAUGGCUCAUCCACCUAACCUGCACACCUUCGGACUGUCAGUUUAAAAUUGCCUUUCAAAUGCUCGUAAAACGCAACAUCCCUGUAGCUAUGAUUUUAUUCAUUUCAAGCUACUUGUCUUUAAUGAUUUGUUAAUUGCCUGAUAUGCAGAAAACUAACAUUUAGAUGGUCUUUCUCCCUCUUCCAUUUCUACUUUAAGCAGGGAAAAUGUGAGUUCCAUCAGAAUUCUUGUUUAUCUGCUCCAAUUAUUCUUGUGCUUUUACUCAAUGAAUUCUGAAUAAUGCUACUACAGAUACAAUAUUCAAUAGUGUGUAUAAACUGUGAAGGGUUUCCAAUAAUCUCUAUAUAUUAUAACAAAUGCCAAUGGACAACAAAACUGUCCAUCCAAAUUUUCAGUGUGAUAUUAGUAUUGACAAUAUGCUCUGAAGCAUUAGAUUUAAAACAAAAUUUUCCAGAAAGCAGAUUGUUUUUAUGGCAUUAAUUGCCCUUCAGCAAUCAAAAGCACUGUUGUGAUUAACUACCAGAUGGAAACCUUCACACAGAACACUCAGUAUUUUACUUAUCCUAUCCAAAAGCUUUGAUGUAUUUAUUCUGACAGUGCAUGGUUUUGCUGGAAAUGACUUCACUUUCUGCUCCCUGCUUCUGCAACUGUAUUUUCGUACAUUCUAUUAUGCUCUGAAAAAGAAAAUGCAGUUAUUUGUCAGCAUGUGACUUGAAUUAUUCUUUAAAGCAUGCAAUUAUUUAAAACAAGGAGAAAUAUCACAAUCUGGAUUUAGGCAACUGUUGCAGAAGCACAGAUAGCAAAUUUGUUUUUGGAGCAUGGAAGGUCAUGAUUUGGUGAUCUGUGUAUUCUUGUGCAUUACUGAAUGCCAACAAGAAUCAUAAAAGAGAUGAAAGUGUUGUAUUUAUUGCAGACAACUGCAUCUGACUUAAAUCUAAAGUAGUCAGAAUUUUGCUUGAUUCUGAUUUCGUUCUAGUUCAGAAAGAUUUAUCAAGAUUCAAGAGAAAUGGUACCAACGAUGCACUAAUAGAUAUAUUUUCAUUUGGAAAUAAGUAUUCUAAAUCUUUUUUACACAAUUUAUAGUAGAGAUUUAUAGAUAUUGACAUUGCUUGCACUCAAUGACACAAACUUUAAAGAUUUUGAUUUUUGCUUUAAUUUGUACAGUUACAAGGCAAUAUUAAAAUAGUAACGAAACCAAAGCAUCUCAAUCUACUUAAAAACUAUGCUUGCAUUUCUUCAUGUUAAUUGUGACUAUUGUUUAUCAAUGUACUUGCAAACAAAUUGCCUUGUAAAUGUAUUUAUGAUAAAUUAUUUUGUAACAUCUACACGUGUGAUUAUGGACAGGAACUUCAGUUCUGAGACAUAUGCCAAAGCACUUAGACUUUAAUGGCAUCUCUAAGAAGGUCCCUAGUCACGCAAAAAUGGAAAUAAGAUGGAAAAUGCUGUUUAUAAUUCAUAUUAGAUUUGUAAAUCUAAUUAAGUAAGACAGUUGGACAAUAAUUAAUUUUUACUAUCCGGUGUUAAAGAAGAGUUGAUAACACUAGCUUAGCACAAUGGGUAGUGCAGAAUCAAUGACAUGCUAUUUGCAGUUGGAUAAGAUUUGUGUUAUUUGUAUGAUAAAUUUAAGUCAUGAAGAACACAGCCUUCCAAUUGCUGCGGUAUAAAUCUGAUGAAAUCCUGUCAUGAAGAUGGGGGCAGCCAUGUCUGCCCAUAAGGAAAUAAAAAAAACAUAUGAGUUUGACAGAGAGGUAUGAUUAACAGGAUAAGAGAGACUGAAGAAAAUAUUUGACAAAAGGAAAUUGUAAAUGUUCAGAUUGGUGGUGUGAAAACACUAUUUAUGAUCAAGAGAAGCUCCUUAACCUAUGAACCUUCAAGGUUAUGUUGAUCAGUGUAAACAAUAAUGUUGAGAUAUGUGCUAAGGGGAAGAUGAGAGCAAGUUUUAAUUUUCAGGGAUGAUGAUCUAAGAAAUAAAAGGGAAAGAUAGCACUUUUAAAGUGUACUAACAGGUUCUGUUUUUGAAUCUGUGGCUGUGAAUUUGAAUUUUCUAUAAUUAUUGCUGUUCAAUUGCCUGAAAGUCACAUGUACACUAGCUUUUAAAAGCAUUGAACAGCUGAGUAACGGUCAAGUUUCUACGAAAGUAUAUAGUGACUACAACUAUUAGCUUAUGUUUUGUGUAUAUAAGACCAAGAAUUUCAAGGAGACUGUUCUAUUAAUGGAAGCACGCCAGAGUAGAAUAAACAUUUGACUAUGGAGUCGGAUUGAAUGAUGGUGGAAUAAGAUUGUUUGCAUGGUCUGAGGUCUUUCUAGGGUGUUUCAGCAACAUCCUUUCCAUCCAGCUUUGCAAGGUGAAAAUGCCUACAGCUACUGCCUGAGGUGAUCACCUCCCCUCGACCCCCAGGCUAAAAAGAUAAAAUAUGAAAUACAGAAUGAGCUUUUCUGCUUCACAAUACAAGUUGACUGACACAUCCUAAUUAAUUACCUCAACCUGAAUAAGUUAUGGAGCCUUUCAAAGGCCAUCUAAGAGACCCGACACCAACUCUCAGACAUUAUUAUUCUGCUGAGGACUUUUAAAUAAUUACAGGGUGGAAGUCCUAAGUUUGUAUGGAAUUCCACCUGUUCUACCACUUGACUCAAGCUGUAGAUGCCGUCAUGUAUGUACAGCAGAACGAUGGAUUUCCAUUGAAGUGAGUUUCAGCUAAACUCUUAACUGACUGCAUCAGCUCAGCACUUUACCUGGACUGAAAUUUCAUAGUAAUUCAUUUAGAUUAUGUAAUCUAUUAAUGGAAAGCUAUGUGAGUUUAAGAUGAACUGCAAAACAAUGUCACUUUUGUGGUCAUUGAUAUUUUCAGAUUAUAUUUUUGAUUUGCUCUUAAAACUUCACUAAACAGUUUAUGUGUUAGAUUUAUUCACACAAAUGUUAUUAGUAUGAAAGAGAAUGAAGUAGAUCUUGAUUCAUGUAAAAUUGGGAGUAGACAGCAUGUCAUACAUCUCUCCUGAAGCAGAUGUAAACUGAGCUACGAACGUUCCAACCUUUACAUUACCCUGCAUAGUCAAGAUCUACCUUAACGCACUCUAAGAAUCAAAAAUUAUCUUAGGUUUAGUGCAUGAGAACAAUAGCACCAAAUGAAGGCGAAUACCUUACUUUUUAUGUGUCAUUAGGUUUUUGAUUUGAAUUAUGUUUAAGCAUCACCAUCUGUAGAUUUUGAGUGCAGAGUCAGAAAUAAUGAAAGGUGUCACUAUGUUCUAAACAAAGUUGUGUAAUGUCUUCAAAUUAAUUUACAGUUUCUCAUACUCCAUUAACAAAACAAAUGUAUAAAUGAAAGCUUGUUGUAAUUCCUACAGGUUCAUGUGCAUUUUUAAAAUCAAAGUAAAUCAAAAUUAUUAUUUUCUGUAAAUGAAUAUAAACAAAAAUAUGUUAAAUAUAGAAUAUCAAGGGAGAAAUAGUAGAAAGAAAGAAGCAUUGACAUAGUAAAAUGGGUUACAGAUUAUUUAAAUAAAGUCACCCAAUUAAAAAUGGUUGCAUUUAUAUAGGACCUUUGGUGACUCAAAGCAUUUUGCUUCCAAUUUGAAAAAAUAGUUCAAAUUUACAGUCACUGUAGCAAACAUAGCAGCCAAUUUUAUGCGCAGCAAACCCCACAGACAGUAAUGUGGUAAUAAUUCUAAGAUAUUGAUUCAGGAAUUGAUAUUGACCGCGACAUCAGCCUAAAUACAAUGCUCUUUUUUGAAAUAGUACCAUGUGAAGUUUUAUAUUGACCUGAACUGGCGAAAGUAGACAAAGCUUAGCAUCUGAACUGAAAAACAGAACCUUCAUCAGUGCAACACUACUGCAAUGCAGUGUCAUCCUCGAUUUUUGUGCAGAUAUAUAGCACAUCUAUCCAACAAAAAAACAAUGCAAACUAUGACCAGGAUGUUUACUGUUAUCUACAUGAUAUUUGUUGCCCUAGUAUCACCUUGACAUACAAGCUUUUCUCUCCUCCAAUUCCUAUGACCUACUACUCUUCUACUUUUGGGUUGGUUUAUAGUAUCAAGACUAUUGUGAUUUGAAAUGUACAAUGAUCUCUUUAUAUAAUUAAACAAAGCCCAGAACAUUAAAAAAAAACAUACUAUCCCAGAGUAUUCCUGUAUUGUCUAAAAGUCUUAAGGUGGGAAAUAAUCUAAGUGAUCUAAUUAGAGUUUGAGGUGUAACAAGGCUUCUGAAAUGAUUUCAAAUUAUUGUUCCCUUCCAUAAAAGUCCUCUCUUAUAGAGCUUCAUUAUUGUUCAACCCUCAGGCUCUAGGGUAGCACAGUGGUUAGCACUGUUGCCUCAUAGUGCUGGGAGAUCCAGAUUCAAUUUCAGUCUGGGGUGACUGUC